AUGUCUGCUGAACAGUCCUGCCAAGUUCAUUUCUGUUGUCAAGCUAAUGUAAGACCAAUCAAGCCAAGGCAAUCUAGCUCCCAUGUGAAGCAGUCCAAAAAUCUGGAGGAGACACUAGUACAACUGCAUGAGUUGCAAGAGCCAACCCCUCCACCAAUUGUCUCAAGUGGCAGGGCAGAUAUGGUGGGGUUGAACAUGGAUAUCAUGGCCAAUUCAUGUGAAAGCUUUCUGGAUCAGUUCCUGCAGGAAAGGGAGCCAACUGCUCUGGCAGAGGGUGGAAUUGUGGCUGUAAUAGAUCCACAUGACAACUUGAUGAAUCGGUUCCUGAAUGAAUGGGAACCAACUGCUCCCCCAGUGGAUGGUAUGAACAUGGAUCUACUUGAGCAAUUGCUGAAUAUGCAGGAACCAUCAGCACUGCCAGUCACACACAAGAAAUUAAACAGGAUGGAUGGGUCUUCAACACCUGCACAAGAUGUUACUAUGCAGGUGAACUUUCCAUCUGCACAGCAAUCUCUUCAAAUGGAACAAUGGGGAUUGGCACCUGUUCCACAUUGUGAUCAAGUCCUGUGCACCUUACAAGCUGCAGUAUCUUGCUAUUGCAGAAUCACCACUCCCAGUGACACACUGUUCAAUCCCACCCCUGAUAGGCACCUUGUGUGGGCUGUGAAUGCCAUUGUGAGAGAAUUGGGCACAGCUGCAAGGGACCAGUAUGGUGCAGCCUCUCAGGGCCUUUGA